AUGAAGCCUUCUUUUGUUAUUUCCUUGACUCUCUGUAGCAUCUCUGCUGCGGUAGGCCAAGAGAUACUCUCAGAUCCCGGGACACUUGGCCCGGCUCUCGAAACCAUCCACCUCUUUUAUGAUCAGUGGCUAACAGGUUUCACCGUCUCCGCCAGUGGCCACAUCUUCGUCAAUUAUCCUCCAGUGUUUCCAAACAGUAUCAACUUUACAGUCGGGGAAAUCGUCAAUGGAAGAGAAGUUCCAUAUCCGAAUCUCGAGAUAAACACUCCUCCUGGUGGCCGUCUCAAUUACUCCACAAAUCCACCUACAAGCUCAAACAGUGAAGAUCAUCUCAUAGGUGUAAUAUCUGUCAUAACAGAUACCGAGGAUAGGCUGUGGAUUUUGGAUUCCGGUAGAGUCGCGUCAACCGAAGGCUUAGCUGAGACUGCUUACGGUGGACCAAAGUUGAUUGGAAUGCACUUGACACAUAACACCAUCUUCAAGAAAAUUCUUUUUGACCAGACUGCUGUACCUGCUGAUGGAUAUCUCAAUGAUGUCCGUAUUGAUCUCAAUCCAGCUCUGACGCCAUCAGGUCAAGGCGUAGCCUACAUUUCCGACAACAGUCCAGAGGGCCGCACUGCGAUCGUAGUGGUUGAUCUUGGCUCUGGUGCUGCUUCGCGCAAAUUGGUGGGCGACCCUUCCAUCUCGUCACAUCCAGGAUUUGUGCCGUUUAUAUGGGGAGAAGCCGUCUAUUCCAAUUCCAGCAGCAUCUCACACUUUAGUGUCGGCGUUGACGGUAUCGCACUGUCAGCUGACGGAUCUACACUAUACUACUGUCCAGCAGGGGGAAGAUCUCUUUACGGCAUUGAGACCAAAUAUCUCCUAGACAACUCUCAUAACUCAGAUGUCCUCUCGAGAUCUCAAAUCCAGGUUUUGGGUGAUAAGGGGCUCUCUGAUGGACUAGAAACAGACUCUAACAAUAACAUCUACGGCGGCAACAUGGAAGACAAUUCCAUCAUCAAGUUCAAUCCGAAAACUGGACUGGUGCAGCCAUUUGUCAGGGACCCGAGACUCAGCUGGACAGAUACUUUAUCAGUUGCUACAGAUGGAUACUUGUACUUUACCGAGAAUCAACUCUGGAGAGCGCCUAUCUAUUGGGGUGGAAUCGACCGUAGGGUGAAGCCAUACGCAAUGUUCAGAGUGAAAUUGCCCGAUGGUGGAGUGAAGGUGUCUCGACCUCGGCGAGAAUGA